AUGCGUGAUGCUCUUUGCUACGAACUAGGUCCUGUCCCUUGGUCUCUAGCGUCAGUGGAUGAAAGCUUGGCAAAAACUGCAAAGUCAAAACUGCUCGAUCUGUUAGAGAAAGACAUUCCUCCUGCUGAAAAUGUGCCUGGCAAUGCUGCGUGGAUGAUUGAUGCCAUGGCAUUGCUGCAAAGUUUGGGUACAAUCCCAGCUACAUUUGCAGAUCUUGCCAUGAAGGCGUUUGAUGUAGCUACAGCAGCUUUCUUGUCUGAUUCUGUCCGGAUCGAUUUUGUGGUCGACAGAUACCCCACUCAUAGCAUCAAACGUUGCGAACGAAGCCAGAGAGCAAAACAGGGAAUUGUAAAAAUUAACAUAGCUAAUCGAUUGCAGAAGUGUCCAUCACAGUGGAAGAAGUACUUAACGCUUGACAGUAACAAGACAAAUCUCUCAGAGUUUCUCUUGCAAGAAUGGAUCAGACCAGAAUAUGCCGAACGUCUUCAUCAUCGCCUAUUCUACGUGACUCACGAUGCCAAAUGCACCCUUCUAACAAGCAGUGAUGGAGUUGCAAAGCUGACACUCGUUUGCUACUUCAUGCAGCACAUGCGGCUACGAUGGGUUCGCGAGUGUAGAGUGAUACGAUCACCAGAUACGGACGUUGCCAUUCUGGCUUGCUCUUUGUGUCCUGGCAUUCCCGCUCGCAUAUUUUUUCGAACAGAGACUAAAACACGCUCACGGUUUAUUGACAUUCAAGCUGUGAGAAAUUUUGUUAGUGAAAACGUUUGCGACGCACUUCUAAGAUUACAUGCUCUAACUGGCUGUGAUACUACAUCUGCUUUCAAAAGGCGAGGGAAAAAGACUGGUUUACAAUUGCUGCAAUCGAAUUUGCAAUUAUGUGAUGGUAUUCAACGACUUGGUGAUACAUUUAAUGUUUCUGAUGAUUUGUUUACUGUACGCGAAACGUUUGUUUGCCAGUUGUAUGGAUCAAAGACGAAUUCCAUUAAUGACUGCAGGUACGAGCUGUUCUCUGUAAAGGGUGCACAAAGCGACAAUCUUCCCCCAACCCAGGACGCACUACAGAUGCACGUGCAGAGAGCUAACUAUCAAGCCGCAGUUUGGGUAAGAGCCCUUCAAGCCAAACCGGUUGUACCCUCUUCUUGUGGGUAUGGGUGGGAAAUUGUGAAUGAUCAAUUAACAAUGAAAUGGAUGAUACGGAACCAGCACCUGAUGACCUACUGGUUUUAGUCGAUUGCUGUUGUCAUACCGGAUGUAGUUCACGUCGAUGUUCUUGUGUACUAAGCGAAGGGAUGCCUUGUACAGAUGCUUGUGGCUGUGAAGACAGUGACAACCAAACCGCUUCAUGUAGACGUGAAACAGACAGCGAAGGGAGUGAUGAUGAAGCAGAGUUCUAGAGCAGCCGACUUAUCUUUAGCUAGUUGUUAAUUUGCUUCAAGUUUACUGCACACAUAGCAAUAAUAUAGACUAGAAAGACACAUUUAGAUUAUUUUUCUUUAUUUUGACAAAGUUAAAAUACUAUAUAGUUAGACUACUAACUUGAUUAGAUAAGAUGGAUUAGAUGAGAUUGCCGUUUUGAGUAAUAAACCUUGGUUGCUAUAGCAACGCAGAGUAUCUUUGGUUCUACUGCUUUGAACACUUUUUCAGACUAACUCAUGUUAAA